AUGGCCACGGCCACGACCGGCUCCGGCUCCGGCUCCCCCGAGCCCGGCUCCUCGGCGCCCCCCGACCUGGAGGCGGUGCCGCUGGUGGCGCUGAACUUCUCGGUGCGGCGGCGGCUCGGGCUCUACCUCAACCCGCGCGCCCCGGUGGCCGCCGACUGGACGGCGCUGGCCGAGGAGCUGGGCUACGAGUACCUGGAGAUCAAGCACCUGGAGGCGCAGCCCGACCCCACCGCCCGCCUGCUGGAGGACUGGCAGGGCCGCUGCCCCGGCGGCGCCACCGUGGGCCGCCUGCUGGCGCUGCUGCGGGCCCUGGGCCGCCACGACAUCCUGGCCGACCUGGGCGGCCGCAUCGAGGAGGACUGUAAGAAGUACCUACAGAGGAAAGAGCAGCCUGUUCAGGUGCCAGCAGUAGACAGCAGUGUCCGGAAGACAUUAGAGAUGUCCGGCAUCACUACCAGAGAUGAUCCUUAUGGGAACACACCAGAGCUGUUUGAUGCCUUCAUCUGUUACUGUCAAAAAGACAUUCACUUUGUCCAAGAGAUGAUCAGAGAGCUGGAACAAACGGAGUUCAAGCUGAAGCUGUGUGUGUUUGAUCGGGAUGUUUUGCCAGGAUCGUGUGUGUGGUCCAUAACUAGCGAGCUUAUAGAGAGACGAUGUAGGAAGAUGGUGGUGGUUAUUUCAGAUGAUUACCUAGACAGCAAUGAAUGUGAUUUCCAGACCAAAUUUGCUCUUAGCCUUUCCCCAGGUGCUCGCCAGAAACGGCUGAUUCCAGUCAAGUGCAAAUCCAUGAAGAACGAGUUUCCAAGCAUCUUGAGGUUCAUUACAGUCUGUGACUACACUAAUCCCUGCACCAAAAAAUGGUUCUGGAUAAGACUGGCAAAAUCCCUCAUGCUUCCAUGAGGCAAAGCUACGUGAGCCAGGUGCCUUUUGAUCCAGCACAGCUGUGCCUUAAGGAAAAAAAGAAACUUAACUUCUAGGUGUCGUUUAUACCGUCUUUCAACACGCCAGAACUUUGAUCCUUGCAAUAUUGUGCCUGGGGCCUCCAACAGACACACAAGGGUUAUCUGAAGGGGGGCUUAAUUGCAUUAAAUGGGGAGUUAAUUAGAGUACAGUGGCCACAAUGCACUUCUCCAGGUGGGUAACUUUAAAUGACAAAAGCCACAAACCAUAGAUGUUGUACACAAAUUAUAUAUGGUUUUAAACACCGUUACGUGGCUCCCAUAAUGGUACCUGGGCAUUGUCAGGAGAAUUGUUUCUCUCUUUAAUCCUUGGUGAAAUCUGAUGGCUGGUUGCUGACCUGUGUGAAAUGAGUUCGGAGGUCUCAGUGUGGUUCCUAGUGGACAAAUACUAUGAAAAUCAUUGAUACUGGCAUCCUGCUUGGUAGAGAGGCCAAGGAUUGAACUACCCUUUUGUUCCCUAGAGGCUACCCCUCCAGAUCCGGGUUGUAGCACAAUGGAAGGGCAGUUUCCAUUGUACCUGCUCUCUAGCUAUACGGAGGACUUCAGUCUCCAGGACUCUCUUGUAUUUAAUAAGCAUCAAAUUUACUUAAACAAUGUUUAAGUA